CGGCCGCCGUCCGUGUCCCCCCCCUCGCGCCCCCCCCGCCGCCGCCAUGGGGGCCGCCGUGUUCUUCGGGUGCGCGGGCAUCGCCUUCGGGCCGGCGCUGGCGCUGGUGCUGCUCACGGUGGCGGCGGAGCCGCUGCGCGUCAUCAUCCUCGUGGCGGGGGCUUUUUUCUGGCUGGUGUCUCUGCUCCUGGCGUCUUUGAUCUGGUUCAUUUCGGUCCAUCUCAGCGACCAGGAAGACUCGCAGCUUCAGUACAGCCUCCUCGUCUUCGGGGCUGCCGUCUCCGUCCUGCUGCAGGAGGUGUUCAGAUUCGCCUACUUCAAACUGCUGAAGAAAGCUGACGAAGGCUUGGCGACGAUCAGCGAGGACGGCCGGUCCCCCAUCUCCCUCAAGCAGAUGGCCUACGUGUCGGGCCUGUCCUUCGGGAUCAUCAGCGGCGUGUUUUCGGUCAUUAACAUCCUGGCAGACUCUAUCGGACCCGGCGUUGUCGGGAUCCACGGGGACUCGCCGUACUACUUCAUCACGUCAGCGUUCCUCACCAUGGCGGUCGUCCUCCUCCACACCUUCUGGGGAGUGAUCUUCUUUGACGCCUGCGAGAAGCGUCGCUACUGGUGCCUGGGGCUGGUCGUUGCCAGUCACCUCGUCACGUCAGGGCUGACGUUCCUGAACCCCUGGUACGAGGCCAGCCUGGUCCCUAUUUACAUCAUCACGGUCUGCAUGGGCGCGUGGGCCUUCUUCACGGCUGGGGGCUCCCUCCGCAACAUCCUCAAGUGCCUCUCCUGCAAGCAGGAGGAAGACAGCGGAGUGAUGAUGUACUCAGCACUGCAGGUGCCUUUCGAGGACUGAGCGUCUCUGCGGCAGGCCGCAGCCCUGCCCGCCCGGGCUGCCCGCGGCGGUUCGAUACCCAAGUGCCCUGUUCUCGGCAGCUGGAACAUCUCACGACGACGCCUUCACCUGCACCAGGCUGAGGGCACGGGGCUCCCGGUGCCUCCAGGCCUCUCUCGAGCCACCUCCCCAACCAGAGGGGCGCUGGGGCAGCCCCUGCGCUGGGAAUUGGGAGGGGUCUGGGCCCUCCAGCGUUUCCAGUCGACUCUGCUGGGAGAGGCUGAGCCAUGACCUGGCCUCUCUCCGCUCAACGAACCUCUCGUCUGUCCUGGGACUGUGGCACAAACCCUGCUCUGUGCCCUGCCCCUCCUGUGCGCCCUGCUCCGGAGGGGCUUUCCCAGGUCAUUCCUGUCCGACCGGUGCUGCUCUCCAGCC